CUUUUUCAAGACGCUUCACAGGUAGUUUGUAGUUUCGGUCUCUAAUUGGUUUGUACAAGUUUUAUAAUAUGGCGCAGACCAUGGUGGAGCAUGUUAUUUGUGAUGCAGGGGCCUUCUUGAUGAAUGCGGCGCUGCAGGACAUUGGAAAAAAUGUCUAUACUCUCAAGGAAGUAGUUGGUGAGAUUAGAGACAAGGAAACGAAGAGAAGGCUUGCAGUUCUGCCAUAUCUGCUACACUUCAAGGAGCCUUUUCCAGAGUACAUUAAGCAAGUAACAGAGUUUUCAAAGAAGACUGGGGAUUACCCAAGCCUUUCAGCAACAGACAUCAAAGUCCUUGCAUUAACAUGCCAGCUGCAUGCAGAAUAUGUCGGACAGCAGUCUAUAAAGAAGGAUCCUGAUGUCAAGGGUAAUAAAGGUCCUUCAAAGGUCAAAGAAUCCGACCCUUCAGAGUCUGAAAACGCCAACCAUCUGAGUGAAGAUGCAAACUUCAACACUUUUCAAUUCUGGAGAACCCCAUUGCCAAGUAUUGAAGCUGAUUUGCAAGAACUGCUGGGUGCUACAGAAAUAGCCUGUAGGAUAGCAGAUUUCUCACUAGCUGCAGAGAGGAGCAAAGAAGAUUCUGCUGAUAGCAGUGGGCCAGAGGAGAAGGCUACAGAUACUUCAAGUGAUGGUGGUGAUGAUGAAGAUGAUGAUGAUGAGGGCUGGAUAACCCCAAGCAAUAUCAAGCAAAUUCAGAAAGAUAUGGGAUGCACAGAGGCUCCUGUGAAUAUUGUUGUCGGCUGUCUCACCACUGACUUUUCUAUGCAGAAUGUUCUUAUACAAAUGGGACUUCACGCCCUUUCACUUAAUGGGAUGGUCAUCCGUCAAGCAAGAAGUUAUGUUCUGCACUGCCAUGCUUGUUUUAAGAAUACGACCAAUAUGAACAAGGUCUUUUGUCCACACUGUGGGAACAAAACGUUGAAGAAAGUGGCAGUAACUGUUAAAGAAGAUGGUAGUCUCCAUAUGCAUUUUUCUCGCAACCCAAAAGUGCUGAAUCCAAGAGGACUAAAGUACUCUCUGCCAAUACCAAAAGGUGGAAAACAUACCAAUAACCCUCACCUGGUAGACGAUCAGAACUUUCCACAGCAAAGGUUGUCCAAGAAAGCCAGACAAAAAACUAAUGUUUUUGAUCCAGACUAUAUCGCAGGUGUGUCUCCAUUUGUUGAAAAUGACAUUUACAGCAGAGCUGCAAACCUGCAGAUUCGAGACAACAGCUGUGGAGCAGGACGUCGACGAAUGAACCCAAAUAUUGUGCCCAAAAAGUUUGUGAAGAGAUGAAGUAUCCUGACAGAAGGACUGUUAUAUUUUACAAGAUUUUCUAAUUUACUACAAAUAUAAAAUACAGUUCCAUAUUUUAGAAAAUGCAAUUAGUUAAAAGUAUAAAGUUUUCUUAAAGGGAAAAAUCUUUGGAUCAGUGCAGGUCACUGCAGUGUGUGGUGCACACUGUAGCUAAAUAAAGCAACUUGAGGUGCACAAAAAGAGUUGUCAAAAGAUGAGAAGAUGGAUCUUCUGCUGUGUUCAUGCAAAUUUUUAUUUUUGCUAUGAGCUACAGUUUAUGAAUUCUGGCUAACUUUAUCAACUUAUUUAAAAAAAUGUAGUUGGACUUUAUUACUGCUGGCUAAAGGAACUGCAAAAAAUGCAUAAUCAGUCGCAGACAAUUUUGGUUACUUUUUAAAAAUGCAUUUUAUCCACAUCAUUCAGGAUAUUUGGUGUACUCCAUCGUAACCCAUUCUUUGCGGUUAGCUCAGUGGGACAGAGGUUACAUUUUUCUCUGCAGCACAAGUAAAUAAGAUUUAUGUAACAGAUUUCUGGGGGAAACUGGUAAGCAAGAUUUGUAAACAGAUCUGUUACUGUAGAAGUGUUAUCUCCAACUCCCAAUCCAAUCUGACCAGCAAAGAUUGGCCUAAGUCUGGCUCUGUUAUCUAAAAAUAAUUAAAAAGAACUCCAGUUUGUGAUCUCAGCUGUAUUUGACAACAUGCUAUCUCACUUGCUUAACUGUGGAACCAUUGAGUAAGACAGAGUUCAUGGAUCAAAACAGAAAGAUUUUUACUAUUGGUGUGUUUAAGCUUCAGGAAACGGCAGUAUCAACUAGAUUUUAAUUUGCCUCAGAAUUCUACAAGAGUUUUUUUUUUUAUUUUGUAUAAGCAGUAUUAACACUGAGUCAGAGUUUUCAAAAAAAGCAAAUUAGUUGCAGAUGAUACCAUGACCAAAGUUUUUUAAUAUAUUUUCAAGUAUUCCCUU